CUACACAGGAAGUGGGGGAACAACAUCAGUUUGUGCGAGGAGAAACACGCCUCCUGGGUCAGUCACAUUUGCUGUCAAACAAUUUGAGAAAGUUUAUGGUUUUCUUUUAACACUCCGUUACCACGUACCGCUGUUUAUCCACAUUAUCUCUGGCUUGUUUCGAGACGCUGCGUUUUCCGUCCCCGGUAACCCCUUUGGAUCAGAAAGAUGCUUCUUCGGACAUUGUGGUCGAGACUGGGAGCUCGGCAGCUUGCUGGGGGCAGACCAGUCUGUAUUGUUUCUUCAACCACUCUUACCCAAUGUUUGAAGCCCAGCAACAACGAAUCUACCCCAAGGAUUCACUCCUGGUCAUCUACAUUCACAAGAACCCUUUAUUUAAACACAUUUAACCAGCAGUGCAUGCAUAAAACACAUGUUCAUCCUGCUAUAGCUGGAUUUAAUAAUUAUUAUAGUGUUCCUCUUGUAACUCUCCCUGGGAUACCUAUGAACUGCAGAUGCGACCAGGCUCGUUUUUAUUCAUCUAAUAUUGUAAAGUCAGUGCUAAAGUCAACCUUAAACCCGGUAAUAGUGCCUCCCAAAGGAAAACGACCUCCUAAAGGACCAAGAACUAAACAGCCUUCUCGCUCCAACCAGCCUUCAAAGAAAGAGGAUGAGGAUAUGAUGCAAUGCAUAGCCUUUGCAACAGCAGACCAGUAUCAUUUGCCAACACUUAGCCAUGACUUGGUAAACCACGGCUUUCAAGAAAUAGAUUUACCAAGAGAUGCAUCAAAUGUCCUGGUGAUAAGCACCGAAAACGCUGCUAAAGUAGACGACGAUGCUCUCAUUUUUUUCUUCAGGGAAGGCUCUGUUGUUUUCUGGAAUGUCGAGGAGAAAGAGAUGAAAAAGGUUUUGAGGUUACUGGAGCAUCAUGAGAUCCAGCCUUACGAAGUGGCUUUAGUUCACUGGGAAAAUGAGGAGAUCAACUACACGGUUGGAGAAGGAAACACAAAGCUGGAGAGAGGCAACUUCAUUCUUAGUUACGACAUGGAUCAACAAGAGGCUGUCCUGGAGAAAUUUGCAUUUUCAAACGCUCUCUGUCUGUCAGUAAAGCUGGCGAUAUGGGAGGUGGCUUUGGACAACUUUGUAGAGUCAAUUCAGUCAAUCCCAGAGAUGCUGAAGUCUGGCAGAAGAAUCAAACUGUCUUCUGCUGAGGUUAUGCAGAAGAUUGGAGAGCUAUUUACGUUGAGACAUUGCAUCAACCUGAGGUCCGACCUUCUCCUCACUCCCGAUUUCUACUGGGACCGAGAAAACUUAGAAAAGCUCUAUGACAAGACGUGCCAGUUCCUGAGCAUCAACCGCAGAGUCAACGUUGUGAACGAGAAGCUGGAGCAUUGCACGCAGCUAACAGACCUGAUGAGGAGCCACUUGAGUGAAAAGCACAGCUUAAGGUUGGAGUGGAUGAUAGUCAUCCUCAUUACCAUUGAGGUGAUGUUUGAACUCGCAAAAAUGAUCUUCUAACCUGCUGACCACAGAAAGCGCGAAUCUAUGAAUGACAUUAGAGACUUCAGGGGAAGAAUGCUGGGCUGUGCUCAGGUAUUCAAACACUGGUAUUUCACAACGAAUCACUGACGCUGCCGUAAAAUGUGAAGGGGACCCGAUUAGUUUUAGGUUUGUUACUCUUUCAACAAAGGGACACUUCUCAAACGCACAAUUUACUUAUAAAUAUGUCCAUUCAUCCACUGUUUACUUUCUCAUAUCCUUUCAGGGUGGCUUGGAGCCGAGCCCAGCUAAAUGUCUGUUCAGAUUUUUGUUCAAACUUGUUGAGCAUUUGACUAAAUUUGUGUUUAAAUUUUAAGAGAAUUAUGAGAUCACACUCACCUUUACUGAAAACGUUACUCCCGUGACUCAUUCGUGUUAGAAGAAAGAAGAAUAAACUCUUAUACGAAUGUAUCUGCUCCUAUUUGGCGACUCAACAAAAAGCGUAAGUGCUGUUCUGCAGGUUUUUAUAUGUAGAGCACUGCUUGAAUGUAAAAUAAUCUGUUAAACUGACAGCUGAAUAAGACGUUUCAAUAACACAGGAGAUUUAGGAGAUGUGCAGGUAUUAUUUUAUUCAAAUAAAACAAAUGUUUUAAUAAUAAAAUCUUGCUGAUACAUGAAUAAAGGCAUCUCAGGGUUGUGUUUUACAUCUUGCCUCUUUUGACAAAUUCUUUGAAAUCAGAAUACAUGGAAUGAAAGGAAGAAAAGAAGAAAACAACAGUGUGUUUUGUUGUUGUUUUUUUCCCUCCAGCUGAUUGUAUCCAGAUAAUCCUUUUGGGCAGAAAGAUGGAACAAGAAGUAUAUUAUCAUUAAGGCUCAAAAAUCAGUAUUUGUGUACAUAAAGAAACCUUUCUACUGUGAUAUGGCAUGCUCCCUGUCUCCUUGAAAUUGACUGAGUGGUAUCUCUCUUUGACUGCAAAUAUGCAUUGUAGAGCCUGUGUAAGCUUUAAAACAGACAUUAUGUACAAGAUAAAAUAUAAUAGCAUAUCUGAAAUAUGUUUAGGUCUGUAAUACAUUUCGUAAAACCGUAAAGGACCCACAUUCAAGCAUGUAUUCACUCCCACAUUUCUGUCACAUUACAGCCGCACACAGCGCUGUAUUAAUAUGAUUAAUACAUUGCUGUGUAUUAAUCUCCUCGAUGUAAAAUAGCGCGUAACUGUAGGGUGGAGCAAACAUCAUGGUUUUCUACUUUGUUUACAAAUACGUCUCAAAUGUGUGGUGUGCUUUUAUAUCCAGCCCCUUUACUCAGCUAGCUUAAAAUAAAAUGUAACGCAUUCUGUUACGGUUGUGGAGUUUAGCACAGGGUUAUUUAAAAAAAAACAAAAAAAAACAUUUCACAAUCUGAACAUGUCACAGAGCUUUGUUUAACUCGUCAUCUGAAAAUGUAAAGGGUAGAUAUGGCACUUGUGCAAGUUUCUAUAAGGAGGUUUUAACUCUAAAAAUGAAACCAAAGCUGCAAUGGAAUGGUUUAGAUCAAAAGAUUUUUGUUGUGUUUGGAUAAUCAAGUAGAAAUCUGGACCUAAAUCAGCUGUGACACACUUGGAACAGAUACUAUGUAACCAAUCUGUCAAGAGUUUGAACUUUUGUGUAAAGAACGAGCAAAGAAAUUUGGUUUCUAGAAGCUGGUAGACGCCAAAACUCGUUGCAGCUGUGAUUGUAAGAAAAGCUCAGUGUACAAAGUUUUGUUUCAGAGGAGAUGAAUACAAAUGACUUCCACACUUUUAAGAGUAUUCGUAGAAAAAAACGGGUAAUUUUCCUUACAAAAUGCAUUUGAGUUUGUGGUUGUUGCUUAACAAAAUGUGAAAAUGUUCAGGGAGUAUGAACCCUUUCGCAAGUCUCUGCAGGUGAAAUAACAUAAGACUGAAUGAUGAAAUAUAUAUGUGGUCAUAAAUAGGACAGGCUGCGAAGUAUCUACAUACAUUAGUCUAUAAAAAAGGUGUGUGCAGUGUCGGAGUACAAACGUAAAUACUGCUUCCGAAUUCUCUCAGAUAUUGUUAAAAUCACUUACUUUUCAAAAAAUAAAAAUAAAAAUUAAUAUAAUGUUAAAAGUGGGAGAUUUGGACAUGAUUAGUAGUCUUAAGUCGCACACUUUAGAACAGCCAUGUUUU